AUUCCUGUUCAUCUAGAACAUCACCUAAUAAACCAUCUUGUUAGUCCUUAAAGUGCUACAUAGUUCUGUCUCUUAUAGUAUCUGAAUGAAAGACUUGCAUGAUUGAAUAUUGACACUAUUGUUGACAAUUAACAUCAAACUAAGGAUUGUAUUAAAUAAGAAGGCCCAUGACUGUAUUUUCUAACCCCUAUAGCAGUAGCUCAUACCAUUCAAUGAUUAGAAAGAUCAUGGCAGGCUUUAGUAGCGUUUACUUCGGUCUGUUGGUUUCAUUGCAUUCUGUAAGACAUUAUCCUAGUGCUAAAAAAAAAAAAAAAAAAAAAAAAAGUAAUUCCGUGUAAAACUGAAUACACUACAGACUGAGAGAGAAUGCACAUGCCAUGCCCAAAGAUAGAGGGGAAGGAAGUAAAAGUGGUCUGUACUGAUGUAAAUGGUACUAUAUAUGCUGCUUAAAUGUACUAAGCAACUUACGUAGAAACCACAGCUAGAAUGUGUGGACUUUGUAGUAUGGGGCAACAACUUAAUUGAUGCAAAUAUUUAUGCUGUAUGCACUUGGAAAAACAUAUUUUAAGUAAAUAUAUCCAUAUCCCUAUUUUCACAUUUCUGUAAACCAGGAAUGAAUAUUGCAGGGAACAGACCUGAUGAAAGAAUAUAUUUUCUGCACACUGAGAUUGUAUUUAAAAAAGGCCUCAUGAUAUGUGUGUAUAUGAAUAUGCACUAAUUAUGACUCUGCAUGUGUUGAUAUACAUGCAUAAUAUUUAUACAUAUUCUGUGUCCCCUUUGGGAAUUGAUUGAAGUUGUGGGUGAGUUACAAUUGUGCUUCAGGAUCAUGGGAUUAAAUUGAAAUGGCACUUUACUCAUUGACAUACGGGCAAGCUGCAGAACAACUGUGAGGCAUAGCAAGAAACUUCAAGCAAUGCCUAUGUGUGUAUGUGCGCACACACAUGUGCGCGCACGCACGCAUACACAUAAUACAUUCUCAAUUAACCUGGACAGAAUGAGAUAUUAGACCUUGUAACUGUAGCAUUAUUAUAUAUAGAAAACUUCUUUUUGAUACAUUUUAGAAAGCUCUAAAAAUAAUCACAAUCUUGUUUGACCUUUCAAUCUGGACUUGUGGUAUUAAAACAUGAUUUUAGAGUUAAAAUGAUAUGACCACAAAUCCCCAAAACAAAAUGCACACCAAGCAAACACUACCACCCAACAACAACAACACUGUAUUUUCUUAAGUUUUUUUUCCUAACAGUUUUUCUGUAAAACAUUGUCAUAUGAAGCCUACAUGGUGGUGAAGUAUUAUAGGUUUUUUGGCACUCAUUUAGAAUCAACUGCAGAACUGACUUGUGGCUUCAGUAAUUUCAACCAAUCAACCUUUAUAUCCUACCAUCAUGUAUCCUCUACAUAUAUAUGAGUCAACAGGAGCUGUAUGUAUACAUCAGAGUACACAAUUGGGUCCUAUAUAUUAUUCUCUCUCUUUCUCUUUCUCUCACUCACACUCACACUCACACUCACACUCACACUCACACACACACGAGAUACCCUAAAAACAACAAAAUGUAUUCUUUUCACAAGUUUGUCUGUCAAGGCCCCAGUCCAAAGGUGUUGAACACCUUCUACUAAUGUUGCCUUCAUUGAGAGUUAAAGACACUUUGCACCUCAUAGGAAGUGCUUUGCACCUCAUGGGAAUCUUGCAGGAUUAAACCCUUACUGAAUAGAGGGAAAUCUUAAAAGUAGUUUGUGUCUAUAUAAAAAUGGCAGCUUGGUCAACACAGAUGAUGGAUAUUCUGCAAUAUAGCUGCUUAUGUUGCUAACUUAAAUUUAUCCGAUUAAUUCUUACGUCUCUCAGCACUAGAACUUAUACCAUCCAUCUGUAGGAGAAUGCCCUGGAUUCUUUCCUAGCAUUGGCAUCAUCAAAAAUAUGUACUAAGCAUGCAAUUGCUAUUAUUAAUGAUGAUACAUAAAUCAGAAAGAACACAGCUUCUCAUUCAGAUCCCUGGUUGGCUUAACUGGCAAUUGAAGGGGGAAACUUUUUACUCAUAAACUGAGUAAAUUUGAUAUAGAAAUGACCGAGACACAAUAAACAUGGAACCCUGUGAAUUUCAUAGUCACUUUUUCAUUAAUAAUAUAUUUAAAAGAAAACAUUUACAUGAGUGCGAAAUAGAUGCCUUCCCAUGAUACUCUAGUCUUAUUAUAGAAAAAUAACUGUGAUUUACUAUGUUAAAUUCAAUAUUUGUAAUAAAUGUUUCCAUUAAGAUUGCCCACUGUUACAAGCUGAAUCCAUCUUAGCAAGCCAUAGCAAAGACUAAAAAUGCCUCUUUUGAAGUCCACCCUCCAGCUAAAAAAUGCAUUGUAUAAAUGAAGAUUAGAUUAUUCAGGUAGCUCAGAAGAUGGCUAUACUUUCGUUAGGUAGUUAACACAGGCUGAUCAGUCUGUGUACUUGUAAUUUUUUCUUUCAUAUUGGUUGCACUUAGUACUAAUAAGGUGCAUAAACAUGUACUUUAGCAGAGUUUGUGCAUUUUUCCAGUAUCUUUAUAAAGUGACUGGUAUAUUUCUGCUGUGAAGGAAAAUGAUGCUGCUUUAUUAGUGUUAGAGGCCUUAAGUGUAUGUCAAAUGUCUGGCCUGAACCAAUGUCUGUCAGUGUUUGAUUCUCUUGUGUUGCUUCGAAGUUUUACAUUAACAUACAGUUGGCAAAAGGAUUAAAAAUAGAAAAGUCUGUUCACACUAAUCAUGAUCAACAAAUAGUAAUUAAAAGGCAUGGCUCUGUGUUUAAUCCUAUUGUACAACAUUAGACAACUUUUCCUUUUUAAAAGGCGCUAUAUCCUGUACUGUGAAAUUACUUUGUUGCCAACAGAGUUUGUCAUCAUUUAAUAUGUUUCUCUGUCAUCUUUUGAUAUGUGCCUCACUAAAACUUGCCAUAUACCUCCCCAGUCCAGCCUUUUAAAAAAGAGAGGAUCAUUGUACUGGGAACUUUUGGUUUGAUCCACUUCUUGUAUGCAUUUGUGUCCUCUUAAUGUGACCUGAACUGUGCUGAAUGUCUAGGUGUAUUUAUGUAUAAAUAUAUGUGCAUAAGAAUGUCAGAGGAUGUAUUUGAAAUACUACUAUUGUCUAGAUUUUUGAAGGAAAGAAAAGUGUUCCAGAAGGAAAACAUGAAAUAAUCUUUUUAAUUUGGAAGUUAAAAAAACCAUCAAAAUUAGAAACUCUUGUUGAGUUGAAACCCUAACCAAGUAUAAGUUUAUAAAUGAUGUAGUUCCCUCAUAAUCUCUGAACAAGGGCAUUCUCUCUGAAAUUUGAACAAAUCUUAAGCUUUAAUAUAGUGUUUUACUUCCCAUUACCAAAGAAAUGUUUAGAGGGAAAGACAGAAACUAUUAGAAAAGAAACUAGUUAAAAUAGUCCAACCAGAAUAAACUAUUAUCUCAGGGCAGUUAAGAAGUACCUACUCAUUUGCUACUGUUAUAUUUUCUGUCUUGCACUGAAAGGAAGCCAAUCUUGCUGUGCUAAACAGAGGAAACAGAAUUUAUUAGAAGCAAGGGAGAUAUGAGGGCUUAAGGCAAAUUCCUUACAUAGACGUGGGUAAAACCAUGUCAACUUAUAUAAUUUUCCCACGUUACAACUGUGCAAUUCAUUUUUCAGACUCAAUGCAACUGGACAGCCACAAUUAUUAGGAAAAUGAAAGCCCCUUUCAAAAUAACGUGCAGGAUGACAGAUCCGAAGGAUUACAGACCUAGACAAGGACUAGCAAAGUCUGUGCUGUAUGCCAAGCGACCAAAGACUAAGGGUACAAUAUAGAGAUGUCUGAAUUGUGUUUAUGAAAGAGUUUAAUGUUUGAAUAUGCACAAUAAAAUAUAUGGCACACAACGGGCGUGCACUGUGUCAGGCGUUACUGCUCUCGCGACGCGGCCUCCGAAAGCCUCCUCUCUUCCCCGCCUGCAUGCUCCUGGCCGGAGAAACCCCCCCGCGCCGGCAGCCGAGCGCCCACGAGGCGGCUUUGCAGGGCUGGAGGCCCGGCCGCGUCUUGCUCAACACACGCGACAACGCCCCGCCCACCAGCGGGAUGGGGUGAGCCGCCGGGGGCGUGACCCGAGCAGCGGUGGGCGGGGCUCGCCUCUCCCCUCUCCAUUGCUGCCCCGCCCCUUGGCGCCGGGAGGGAGGUGCAAAAGCUCACGCAGCGCGCCUGCGCUAACCCUUCCCGGAGCCGCGUUGCAUUGUGGGGCGGGUAGUCCCUGUUGCGCUGCGGGCCCCGGGCGGCAGAGGCCGAAGAACUAUCCACCCCAAGAUCCUCGGGCAGCGGUUUCCUCAGGCAGUUGCGCCUGCGCCUCGCCUGGUUCCGGGUGGCGGGGUGACCAUGGCGUCGGGGUGCCGGAUCGGCCCGUCCAUCCUCAACAGCGAUCUGGCGGCGCUGGGCACCGAGUGCGGCCGCAUGCUGGACUCCGGGGCGGACUAUCUGCACCUGGACGUGAUGGACGGGCACUUUGUUCCGAACAUCACAUUUGGCCACCCUGUAGUAGAGAGCCUUCGAAAGCAACUGGGUCAGGAUCCUUUCUUUGAUUUGCACAUGAUGGUUGCCAAGCCAGAACAGUGGGUGAAACCAAUGGCUGUAGCAGGGGCAAACCAAUACACCUUCCACCUAGAGGCUACAGACAAUCCAGGAGCACUGAUUAAAGACAUUCGGGAAAAUGGAAUGAAGGUUGGCUUGGCCAUCAAACCUGGAACUGUAGUUGAAUACUUAGCACCAUGGGCUAAUCAGAUAGACAUGGCUUUGGUGAUGACAGUGGAACCUGGAUUUGGAGGGCAGAAAUUCAUGGAAGACAUGAUGCCGAAGGUUCAGUGGCUGAGGACACAAUUUCCUUCCUUGGAUAUUGAAGUGGAUGGUGGUGUGGGGCCAGACACCAUUCAUAAAUGUGCUGAGGCAGGAGCAAACAUGAUUGUAUCUGGAAGUGCUAUAAUGAAAAGUGAAGAUCCUAGAUCUGUCAUCAACCUCCUGAGAAAUGUGUGUUCAGAAGCUGCUCAGAAGCGCUCCCUGGACCGAUGAGACCAACUUGUGUGAGUGGGUCCUAUUCAAAUGUGGAAACAUAGCUGCUGAGCCAGGACUGCAGCACUGAAGAAUUGAGCAUUCAUUGAAAUGAACAAUGAAGGGAGCAGCUGUUUUUCCAGGGUUGGAAAUACAAUCAGCCAGUGCUCUCUCUCAAAUUGCAUUGAGGCUCAUUUUAUAGCAGCUACCAGGGAUUGGAUUGAAACAAAAUUGUGCGAUUUUGCUUGAGAAGGGAUAUCGCGUGGAGGAAUGUCUGCUCUGUGCAUCCCUACAAAACUGUUUCAGUGUUUAAAAUAAAACUCUGUUCUAAGUCA